AACAGUAGGCGUCUUUUCUUUUUGAAUCACAAUGUUUUGAAAUAAAGUUGUUCGAAAAUUUGUAGUGAGUGUUCAGUGACUCCAAAGAUUUCCCAGCCCCAACCCCUUUUGGCCAUGGAUUACGACUUCCUUACUCCGCCGCCAGAGGAACGGAUCAUUCGCAGCCACAAUCUGAGCGAGGAACAGGUCAAGGAUCUGCAGAUUGCCUUUGCCAUAUUUGACGACCAAGACACCAAGGUUAUUCCCAUAACAAAUCUCAGGGCACUAAUGCUAACUGUGGCCCACAAUCCCAGUGAUGGAGAAUUGCAGGACAUUUAUGUCGAGAUCGAUGCUGAUGGUACCGGUGAGUUAUAUCUCAGCGAUUUUCUUUACAUAAUGUCCCAGAGAUACGCAAACAUGUCCACCGAGGAUGAGAUUAUAGCCGCAUUCAGAGUAUUUGACAAACAAGGAACCGGUCUCAUAUCUGAAACGGAGUUUCGUCACAUAAUGCAGAACAUGGGGGAGCAAUUGACGGAUGAUGAGCUGGAGGAGAUCAUCCGGGAUGCAAAUUCUGAUCUGGAAGGCAAUAUUGACUAUGUGCGAUUUGUCAAAAUGAUGUCCAGCACAUAAGGAAAAA